AUGAGUCAAAGCGGUGAGCGCGACUCUCGCGCUUCAGCCGAGGCGCUUCUUAAGAAGGCCCAAAAGCUAGAGCAACAGUUACGCACGACCCUUCAGUCCAAGGGCUUCUCCGACGGCACCGCAUACUCCCUCCUGACCACCCUCCGCUCCCUGUACCAAGAGAUCCUCCUCACCGACCAUGCCUUCGCUGUCGAGCAUGAUGUCGAGCAGGCCCUGUGGCGGGGCAUCUACCGCCGCAUCGAGGACUUCCGCGGCAGGAUCCGGAAGUACUCCCAGGCCGCGACAGGGCCUCCCCGGGGCGCCAAACCGGGCACCUCCCAAGCUGGCACAGGGCUGCCCCUUCCGCCCGGGGGAGCCAAACCGGGCGCCGCAAAGGAAGCGCUGCACAAGGCCCUCGCGGGGUUCCGGGGAUUCCUGGGUGACGCCACGGGAUUUUACCACGAGCUGGUGUUCAAGCUGAGGGCCCUGUACGGACUGCCGCAGGACUUUUCCCCAAAUGUGCCGGAGGAUGUGGCCGCGAAGCUGGGGCCGGACAAGCUCCGGUUGUGCCAGGCAUCCUGCCACCGCUGCCUUAUCUACCUGGGCGAUCUGGCACGCUACAAGGAGCUGCACUCGGAUAGCAAGGUCAAGGACUGGGCAAUUGUGGCUAACUACUACCUGCAAGCCGCAGCGCUCUGGCCGGCGAGCGGGAACCCGCACAACCAGCUUGCCGUGCUUGCCACGUAUGUCGACGACGAGCUGCUAGCGGUUUACCGCUACUAUCGGAGCCUUGCCGUCGAGGUGCCCUUCCUGACCGCCAGGGACAAUCUGCUCAUGCUCUUUGAGAAGAACCGCGCCAAGUAUGCCCAACUGGCACCCUCCUCAAAGGCCUCCGCCAAGCAAGUCUCAGACGCGCCCCCCCACGACGACGACACCAUCUCCAAGCUCCGCCUCAGCUUCCAGACGCCAUUCGUCCGUUUGAACGGCAUCGUUUUCACGAAGACCAGUGUUGAAACCUUUUCGGACGUGUACACUGCGACGAUGUCCGACUUGGACGCCCUCUUCGAGGCUGAUGACGUGGCACUCGAUGCGGGGCUUGCGGCGGAGCGCCGGAGCGGGAUUGCUUUAGGGAGCCUUGGUGCUGCGGGACUGCUGCAGGUUAUGGUGAUCGCCGUCUUCACAGUCCACAACCUGAGCUGGGUCCCCGAAGGCCACAAGCCGUCCUACUCUGAGAUCAUUCAGAGCUCCGCCCUCGCGCAACACGCCCUCACCGCCCUCUUUGAGCUCGCCGGGCGUUUUGCACACCGCUGCGGGUUAGGGGCUAACCCGACCGCUAACCUGCUCCUCCCGAGCGUGCUCGUCCUCCUGGAGUGGUUAGUGGUUAACCCGAAAGUGGCAGCCGGCGAGGGGGAAGUCGGUGACCGCCAGGGGCGCGCGCGCUCGUUCUUCUGGCGCGAGGUCAGCGGGCUGCUGAAUGACGUCACUCAGGGGGUCACUGACGUGGCUCGUGGGAGGAGCGAGAGCAAUGCUCUAUGGGAGGAUUACGAGCUGCGGGGGUUCGAGCCCUUGGCGAGCGCGCACCGGGCGCUCGACUUCUCGAAGCCCGCCCCCGUUUUGGACGUUGCAAACGCGCAGCAGGCGGUGUCGAGGGGGCGCCGCGUUCUCGAGGCGGGGAAGAAUCUUGCGGCGUGCCUGGCAGACGUGCGCGCAGAGGGGCUGCGGUUCAGCGAGGAACUGGGGCUGUUCCAGUUUAGUCGGGGUGUGUCGGAGCGUCGCCCCGAGGAUCUGAAGGUCUUGGAGAGGGGGGGAGUGAGCGAGUUGGGGGUCGGUUUCGGGCAGGGACUGGGUUUGCAAAACGUGGGUUUGGGGCAGGGUUUGGAGGAGACCAUGGUGGGUUUGGACCCUUCUGCUGGUGGGAUAGGGCCAAUUGGAAGCGCGCUGCUAGGGUCAUUAGUGAACGCUUUGCCUGCACACACGGAAUUACCGGAUGUGGGGGUAUUCGGCCAGAGUGCAGGCGCAAACCUGGCGGUCUUGGCAGGAUUCGGACAGGGUUCGGACGAGCGAAUAGCAGAUGCCGAAACUGAGGAGGAAGAUCUGGGUCUGGUGAGCAGCGGGAAGGACGAACUAGAGGCGGCGAAGAAAGAACUGUUUCAAAGGGCGCAGCAGGCGGGGAAGCUCAAAGGGUCCGCUCGGGAUGAGCUGGCGGUUGAGGCCGAGCGAGUUUUCCGGGCACAGCUGGCGGCAAAAAGGGCAGUUAAGGACGGGGGCAAGGAGGGGGUCAAGGAGGGGGUCAAGCAGACUGAGGAGAGCUUGGACGAGGACGAAGAGGAGAUUGUGUUCCAACCGAUGAGGAGGGGCGGGUCGCAGCCAAGUCCCCUUACUGGCAGCCCCAUGCAUAGUCAGAGCCCCCGACCUGACGGCCAGAACCAGGGCCCCGUCCAAUCCAACAACGGCCCCCAGUCACUGCUCCCAAACCUCGACCUGGCACCAAAACAAGGCCUCCCAAGCACCUCCGACCCCAUCGUCGGCAGCAGUGCGUUCAGCUUCAACCAGUGGAUGCCAGGUGGCGCGAAACGAGUGGACGCCGUGAACCCCGUCGACUUCGGGCUUCUUCACCGUGGUCCGAGCUCGCACGAGAAAGCAAAAGCUGACGUGGAGGCAGUGACGAACGACCUGCUGAAAGAGGCCGCCGAUGCGUCGAAAGCGCUCGACCCCGCAGUCCAAGCGCGGGGGUACGACCAGCUCAAGCAGUUGUACGAGCUUCAGCAGCAACUGCAGGGCAACUCCUUUCCGGGGGCUUCUCCUCUCCAGGGAGGAUACUCCCCCGCAAGCACCACACUCCGUCCAGGGGGUUCGCUUGCCCCCGCUGUCUACCCCCCUGCGAGCUUUGAGGCCCCGUCCGCCCAGCAACAGUACUACAACUACCUUCUCCAGCAGCAACAGGGCCUGACCAAUCACGGCGCGCCAGCUCAGCACCAAAACGGCCCGGGAUAUCAGCAUUGGGGGGCCUCUCUUUCCCCUUGGUCCCACCCCCCUCAAAGCAGCAGUCUUUUUGGCGGUCUUGGAUUCAGCGCGCCUCACCAGAGCGGUUUUUCUGGGGCUAACACUACCUCUAAUCAGGGUUUGAGCGUGACCGCACAAGGCCCCACCUUCCAAGAGGCGCGCGUCACGAUCCCCCUGCCGAAACUGGUGCCAUCAGACGAACCGGGACUCGCAGCUUCGUCGCUGUUUGCAAGCCCCCCCGUUCCCAACCGGUCAGAGACUUUCCAGGCUCUUGGCCCCUCGUUCAGUAGCGGAACAAGUUCCGCCCCCGCAGGGGGGUUGGCGGGGCCCACCCGGAUCCCCCCUCCCGGGUUUGGGCAGCCCAGCACAAUCCGCCCGCCCCCCGGUUUUGGUCCGCCCACCAACCAGCGCCCGAACUCUCCUUUUACCGCCAACCGCGUUUCCGCCCCCCCGCAGAACCCGCUAGAAACAACCCCUCUCGACGAUUACAAGUGGCUCGAUGGGUACACGCACACUCUGCCCCAUGCUGCUAUUGGAGGACCGCUGAACAAACCGGAGCAUUUCAGGGGGGAGUACGCGGUCGGCGAGCCAAGCAUCUGGGGCCGGAGUGCGAGCCCGGUUUCGGAGCCGUCGGCGCUGACUGACGAUAAAUCGCCACAUGGCACUAGCCGAGCCUAUCUACCGGGUGCCGGCAGACUGACAUUACCGUCGGUUGCACACAGCCCACACCUGGGACGUUUCUGGACGUGA